AUGGACGAAAGUUCACCCACGAUUGCAUUAACAGCGCAAUUACGUAAACGUUCAAUCUCUUCUCAUCAUUCAACCACAGACAAUAAUGGUCGAACUGCGUUGAUCAAAACAAAAAUUCAGAAAAUUGACGGACAAUACAAAGCCUCGCCGACAUGUCCAAUCAUUCUUGAUAAUCAACAAGCGAGUGCAAGCGACGAUCAAGACGAACCAUUGAUUGUUGCGACAUUGCCACCAUUAGUUCAAGAUAGUUUAAAUUAUCGUACUCGACAAGAUUUCUAUGACGAAGAAGCAAAUGAUGAUCACCAAUCGAAUUCGUCAUCAUUUGAAGAUUCACCAGAUCAUCAACCGUCAUUUGUCCAACCACCAAUAAGAUCAGCGAAAAUUACGAUUCCCAAACAAGUUUUACCUUUGAAUGAUGAUAGGAAUGAAGCGUCGAAAAAGAUAUCAAUUGAUACAUUGACAACGGCAACAGAACCGUCGAACCCGUCACCUAGUGAAGAAAGUUAUCAAGAAGAAUCUGUUCAACAAAAGGCCAAACCUAUGAAAAAAACGAAUGUGGUUAAAUCAACCGUUCCAAAUAAUCCAAGUGCAAUUUCUGUCGAACGAAAUCCUACACCUGAUUCAACCGGUCAAAGUUCAUCUUCACCAUUAAAUUCUUCCAUGGAAGAAGCACGGUCGAUGAUGUCUAAUGAUGAUAAUGUACCUAACAAUAAGUCAUCUCAGAUAACUACUGAACAAUCAAAAGUUAAAGUACGAUUGAAAACUAUUCCGUCUUCAUCACAAACGAAAAAGACGGCGAAGCCAACCGCAACAGCUACGCCUCCGGCAACAAAGACGCCGAAAUCAGUGGAACAAAAGUUAAUUAAAAAGUCUUUAUCGACACCAAAAGAAACAGUGACACCUUCAAAGAAAAUCACACAAUCGGUUCCUGUGAAGAAACCUUUGAAGACUCCUAUUAAUAAACCGCAAUCUCUCAAUACUAACAACAGUGACAAACAAACUGUUCGACCGACUCCUACGACAAUAACAUCUUCAUCUAAAUCAAUAGAAAAGAAAUCGUCAGAUAUUUCGAAUACGACAACUAAGAAAACAGCUGAAUCAUCAUCAGUGAAAAAACCAGCUGCCACACUUGGCAAGAUACCCAAACUAAAGCUAACUAAUAAACUCAAGUCGGCAGAGAAACCUACAGCAUCAAAAAGCCCGAUUGAUAAAAAAACUGAUCUUUCUGCUGCUAGUAGCAAUGUUACAACUACAAAGGAACCAACUAUGGUAGAAAAGAAUCCAUCUAAACCUCAAAGACUUUCUCCGAAACGUCGUUCACCACCACCACCACCAGUAUCACAACCACCAUUGCGGCCAAGUCGACCAAUUCAACAUUUCGUCGACGAUUUCGAUCCAUUUGUUCCAUCACCACCAUCAACAUUGCCACCACUAGAUCUUGAUAACCAGACAACUGCAAAUAUACCCAAACAAUCAGCUAUAUCUAAUCAACGUUACUCAUCAGCACUGGAUACGAAUCCACGAUCAACGUCAACUCUUUCUCGUAUUGGUACGGUUGGCCUUGACAAUAAUCAAUCUCAAUCACCUCUCUCACCGGGCCCAACAUCAACAUUGUAUCCUCCGCCGUCUCCACCUUUAUCACAACCACCUCCAUCCAGAUCGAUACAGCCAUCAACUAAAUCAUUAAAUGAUUCUCGUCUCAACCAACCUCCGCUACGAGCAAGUUCUUCCACAAACUCGGUUAAUACACAAUCAGUUCCACCAUUACCUCAUACCACUCAUCAAGAUCCUUGGACAACAAAUAAAUCUGGCAAUAUUUGGGAGUCGGAAUCAUCUGAUGAAGAACCAGUAGAUGAUUCGAUUGCUCUAAGAUUUUUCCGUCAAAAUAUGCGAGCAGUCGACGAAGAAUUAUUGAAAAUUGACGAACCACAAACAACAACACCACCUCCUCCGAUUGAUAGUCGAACUGAACAAUUAUUAAAACGUCAGCAAAAAGCAUCAUUAGGUUUGGCUACCAAUGGUGGAAUGUUCGAGGACAACAACAUUGAAGCAUCGGCAUCCGUUGAUGAUUUUGAAUGUAUAGCAAUGGAUAUUGAUAGUCCGAAACAUCGAACACAAUCAGAAAGCAGUGAAAACAAUCAUACGACCGUAGAUUUAAACAAUAGUAAAAAUGCAACAAACGGAACAGCUGUCUCUAAGAUCGCUGAAUCAACAACAAAGACUGCUUCGUCGGCAGAUACAAGCAAGAAAUUACCGUCUACGAAUCGUCCAUUGAAAACAACAUCGAUGACAUUAAUUGAUGAAUUAAAAAAUUCAAUGAAUCCUUCGUUUGCAUCUAAAGAAACUACUCUUUCACCUCCUAGUCGCUCAUUAUCUCGUUCUCGUUCACGGUCUCGUUCCAGAACACGUUCUCGGUCUCGGUCCCGUACACGCUCGCGAUCUCGUUCGCGUUCCCAAUCCCGUUCUCGAUCACGCUCACGGUCGCGGUCUCGAUCCCGAUCUCGAGCUUCAACGUCAUCGUCUUCAUCAUCAUCGUCACGUAAACGCCAUAGUCGAAGUCGACAUCGAUCAUCAAAACGACGAUCCAAUAAAUAUCAUCAACGGCAUCGUUCUGAUAGUUACCAUGACGAUCAAAAUUUGAAUGAAAGCACUAAUGCAAACUAUCCACUGUCUCUAAUGCAUUAUCCUCCCCAUCACCAUCAGCAGCAACAGCGACAACAACAGCAACCACCUCCACUACCGCCGCCACAACAGCAACGUUCACAUCCACAUCAUCAACCACCAUGGCCGUCAGGUCGACAGACUGGCGGUCUUGUACCAGGUCCGCCACCCCCACCUUUACCUUCAUAUGGACAUCAACAACCACCGGUGCCACCACUAUUACCCAAUCAUUCGUAUUAUCCACCGCCGAAUCGAUCAUUAAUGCAUUCAGGUGAGCCACCGGGUGGCGGCGGUGGUAGUGGCCGAUAUAAUUAUCCACAUAACCCGCACCAACGCAAUCAUCCACCUAUGAUGCAUCCUCCUUACUAUCCACAAGGACUACCUCAACCAUUGAUGCAGUCAGCUCCGCGUGGUCAUCAUCAGCCGAUGAAUCGAUAUCCUGUACCUCCUCGCCCAUAUGAUAUGCCACCACACCCAAUGGCGAUGUCAAAUAUGGGACCACAUCCUUCAAAUUCGAAUUAUAAUCAAUAUAAAUAUGAAUCUGAUGAUCAUCUAGGCAUGCGACGUGGUGGCGGAGGUGGCGGUAAGCGAGACAUGGGAAUGGGAGGAGGCAAUUCCAAUAAUAAUAGUCGAUGGACUGGACCUCAACAGAACGAUUUUAAUAGUAAAAGGAAAAUGAAUAACUCAGAUCAACAAAAUAUAGGUGAAUCAUGUACUGAACGGAAGCAACUAUUAGCACAAUUACAUGAAAUAUCCGUGCACGGUGAUAGAAAUGACGGUCAAUUAUCCACAGCUUCAUCGUAUAAUAAACAAUCUACAUCGGCUAAUCCAUUACAAACAACCAACUCUCAAGAUGAAGAAGGCGAAGAAGGUGAAAUAAGUGAAAGCGAUUAA